AUGCCUUCAACCCACGAGACUGUCCCAAGCCCCGACCUUUACGGUCCUGGCACCUUUGUUGACCAAGAAUUUCUCCCGGUUCCAGAUGAUGCCCGUCGAGUCUUGGAGAUUUUGGCCAAGACUACCCCUGGCUUUACGAAAGAUCCUCGCGUGUGGGAUUCUGUGACAUUUGAAGGACAUGCCGAACCCAUCAUUCCCGGGCCGUUGAAAGCUCCAGUUGUCGCAGCUGCUCUGCAUGCAAUGUGUGGUAUUGUUGGCAACGAAUUGUUGGAAGAGCGGGAUGGCCAAGCUGCUCAUAACCAAAGCGUGACCAUUAAUACAGACCAAGCUGCAAUUUGGCUAGGCUCCAUCCUUACUGCCAGAAUAAAUGGCUCGGAGGUCAGCGAGCUGGCCAGCAUAGGCAAAGGGGCCUCUCUUUUCAAGCGCGACUUUGAAAAGGGGGUCUUUGAUAACCCAUUGAGAUUAAGAACGACAGCUAUCUACCCAACGAAGACAACUGGAGUUUGGUACCAACUUCAUGGGUCGUUAAAUGCAGACCCCGUCCUACGUGCAAUCGGUGUGGACCCGGCUGCACGAUGUGAGACCCCGGCGGAGGCGUACCAAACAAUCCGCCAACAGACGCAGAGGUUCACUGCCGACGAGCUCGAGAUGAUUAUGGUGAAGAAUGGCUUUUGUGGCAGCAUUUGCUAUACCCCAGACGGCUGGAAACAGACACUGAUGGGCAAGCGCUUGGAACGCCACCCAUUUGUCAACUACUCUCGGGAGUCGUACGCCAUUCCCACGCCUCCGGUACCUUUGCCUUCUCUGGUCGAUAAGCGUCCGUUGGCAGGCAUCAAGGUGGUAGAGAUGGUGCGGAUCAUUGCUGGCCCAGUGAUUGGAACUACACUGGCGGCAUUCGGGGCCGACGUUAUCCGCGUCAAUUGCAGUGGCCUUCCCGAUCUCAAUGUCCUGCAGCUUACCCUAAAUGCGGGAGUACGAACUGUGGACCUGGAUGUCAGAAAGGAUGAAGAUUUGGCACGGUUGCACGAACUUGUGCAGGAUGCGGAUGUCUUCAUACAGGGCUUCCGUCCCGGAGCUCUAGCAAGGAAGGGGCUAGGUGUUACUAAUCUGCUUGAGAUGGCUGGCAAGAGAGGAAAGGGAAUUGUGUAUGUCGAAGAGAAUGCCUACGGGCCUGACGGCCCAUUCUAUGAACGCCCCGGCUGGCAGCAGAUUGGAGAUGCGGCCUCCGGUAGUUCAUACGUUACUGGCAGAUCUCUUGGCUAUACAGACGGUACCAGUGUGCUUCCGCCUCUUCCCAUCUCUGAUAUGACCACCGGUCUUGUCGGAGCGCUGGGGGCAUUGAUGGCUCUUCGCGAUCGUGCACGACACGGUGGCUCCUACCGUGUGCUGAGCUCCCUGGUGGCCGCGGAUGCAAUUUCACUGGAACCUGAGAUUGGUCUUUAUUCUCCAGAUGUGGUCAGAAAGAAUGCGGAAACUUUCCAGUGGGGAGUUAUGGAGCCGUCACAGUAUGUCUCUGAGUUGCUCAUGGUUGUGCUGAAUGGUUGGAAAAGGGUGUACCCUGAGUACUUUUCGCCCGAAUCACCAAUCAUGACCACAUUUGAGCACGGCCACUGGGGCCACAUGCAGCUGCUUAGCCCUGUGGUCAAGCUGGGUGACAAUGCUGUCACCCCCAACUGGACAACGGGACCUGUGCCCCACUGCUACUAUGAUCGCCACAUUUCAUGGCUAUGA